GCCACAUGACACGUAUUACCCCGGGAUGUAAUGAUAUUAAUCACUCAGCUAAGUUUAGAUUGUUAAACUCCGUCGACUCGUCCUCGCCGGGAUCGUGUUUACCGUCGUUACCGCCAAAUGAAACCACGACCCCUCGCGGCCGAACGAGAGACCAACGUCGGCCGUCACGUGAGGCCGCAGUAACGUGACUCUGAGCAAACGGGAAGUGUGAGUUCUCAUAAACACGGCUGCCUAGUCCAGGUCAGCAGUCACUGGUCGGUCCGUCGGUACGCUGCCGGACAGCGGGGUUUGGAGUCCAGUGGAUUUUACGAGGCAGACAGGCAGCGAUGGGCUCCAUGUUUCGCAGCGAGGAGGUGUGCCUGGUGCAGCUCUUCCUUCAGUCCGGCUCAGCCUACAAUUGUGUCAGUGAGCUGGGGGAGCUGGGCCUGGUGGAGUUCAGAGACUUAAAUCCGAAUGUGAACGCCUUUCAGAGGAAGUUUGUCGGCGAGGUCAGACGAUGCGAGGAACUUGAGAAAACUUUUGCCUUCCUGGAGCAGGAGAUCAAUCGUUCCCUGUCCCCACCCUUGCAGGGUCCCCUCCCUCCGCCAUGCCCGACACCGCUGGCCCCCCAGCCCCGCGAACUCAUCACCAUAGAGGAGGAGAGCGAGAGGCUGGCCAGAGAGCUCAAAGAGGUGUCCAGGAACAGAGACAGCCUGCGGGCUCAGCUGACCCAGCUCUGUCAGUACAGAGGUGUCCUGACCAGAACACACUCUCUCACAGCCUCACAGGCACCGCCACCUGUACUGGAAAGCCAAGGCCUCUUUGAUAACCGCCAAGAUGUCCACCUCAGUUUUGUGGCAGGAGUGGUCCACCCUUGGAAGGUCCCCUCAUUUGAACGGUUGUUAUGGCGGGCGUGUCGCGGUUAUAUUAUUGUGGAUUUCAGAGAAAUGGAGGAUCGACUUGAGCACCCGGACACGGGGGAAAUGGUGCAAUGGACAGUGUUUCUCAUUUCCUACUGGGGAGAUCAGAUCGGACAGAAAGUCAAGAAGAUCUGUGAUUGCUUCCGCACGCAGACAUUUGCAUACCCUGAAAGUACUGCGGAGAGAGAGGAGAUUCUCCAGGGACUUCAGGGCAGAAUUGAAGACAUCAAAUCAGUGUUGUCACAGACCGAGGCCUUCCUGCAGCAGCUGCUGAUGCGGGCGGUGGCCGUGCUGCCCCAGUGGAAGGUACGGGUGCAGAAAUGUAAGGCGGUCCAGAUGGUGCUGAACCUGUGCAGCCCUUCCGUCACUGACAAAUGCCUGAUCGCUGAGGCCUGGUGUCCCACUGCCAAGCUGCCCGAACUGCAAAGCGCUCUGAGAGAGGGAGGGAGGAAAAGUGGCAGUGGGGUCGAUUCUUUCUACAACCGCCUGCCUUCCUCCACCCCUCCACCCACCCUGUUCCCCCUCAACUCUUUCACAGCUGGUUUUCAAAACAUUGUUGAUGCCUAUGGAGUGGCCAGCUACCGUGAGGUCAAUCCAGCGGUGUACACCAUCAUCACCUUCCCCUUCCUGUUUGCUGUGAUGUUUGGGGACGUGGGUCAUGGUUUACUGAUGACGUUGGCUGCCCUGUGGAUGGUCCUUGAGGAGAAGGACCCCAAACUGAGGAACAACAACAACGAGAUCUGGAGGAUGAUGUUCGGAGGACGAUAUCUGAUUCUGCUGAUGGGACUUUUUUCUAUCUACACGGGUGCCAUUUACAACGAGUGCUUCAGCAGAGGCCUCUCUACCUUCACCUCAUCGUGGCACGUUGGCCCGAUGUUUGACAAGAACAUAUGGAAUUCAUCCGUCCUGGCCCAGAACCAGUACCUGUCCAUGGAUCCUACUGUGGCCGGUGUUUUCACCAGCCCCUAUCCAUUUGGCAUUGAUCCGAUCUGGGGACUAUCCAACAACAAACUGACUUUCCUCAACUCAUAUAAGAUGAAGAUGUCAGUCAUCAUCGGUAUCAUUCACAUGACUUUUGGAGUCUCCUUGUCAUUCUUCAACUAUUGGCACUUUGGCCAGAUCAGAAGUGUGUUCUUUGUGCUUAUCCCUGAGCUGUUCUUCAUGAUCUCUCUGUUUGGCUACCUGGUCUUCAUGGUGGUCUUCAAGUGGAUCGCCUACAGCCCCGCCCAGUCCCAAGAGGCUCCCAGUAUACUUAUCCACUUCAUAGAUAUGUUUCUCUUCUCAGACAACCCGCAAAACCCACCGCUCUAUACAGGACAGUCUGUGGUGCAGAAGGUCCUGGUGGUGCUGGCAGUUUGUUCAGUCCCCAUCCUCCUGCUCGGGAAUCCCACAAGUGAAUACCUCUCAUUCAAGAGAAGACGACGUCAAGUGGAGGAAGACAGACGUCCACUUGUGUCAGAUGACGGCUCCAUCAACACCUGUCAGGGUGAAGUGGAGGGAGCAGCUGCAGAGGAGCACGAGUUUGACGCUGCAGACGUGUUCAUGCAUCAAGCCAUCCACACCAUUGAGUACUGCCUGGGCUGCAUCUCCAACACCGCCUCUUACCUCCGACUUUGGGCUCUUAGUCUGGCACAUGCGCAGCUGUCAGAGGUGUUGUGGGUGAUGGUGAUGCGUCUCGCCCUGAGGUGGCAGGGCUACGUGGGCUCUAUAGUCCUCUUUGUGAUUUUUGGCUUCUUUGCUGUGUUGACGGUUUCUAUCCUGCUGAUUAUGGAGGGACUCUCAGCUUUUCUGCAUGCACUUCGUCUGCACUGGGUGGAGUUUCAGAACAAGUUCUACAGUGGAUCAGGCUACAAGUUGAGCCCUUUCUCUUUCUCAUCUCUCAUCAAUGCAUCAGCUGCUAUCUGAUCGACCAACGCUAACUUAACAUUGCCAAACUGUUGUUAACUUAUGUAUAUUACUCAGUACUUGGACUACAACUACAGACAUCAGAAUGACUGUCUCCGGGUCUUAACAGUGGUAUUUUCCAUUGCCUGUUGUUUAAUUCACCUUCACCAUGAUCAAGAUGGUAAAGACGGUUAUUUUUGCAUCAGUAGAAUGAGAACGAGUCCCUAAAUAAUGAUUCAGAUUGCAUUAUAUGAAUAGAAAAAAUUGUAACUUAAUAUCCCCUUACUCAUUUUUGUUCAUAAUAUUCACUGCUUUCAAAUGACUUUUUCAUUAGCUCAAAAAUAGUAAUCAUUUAUGAACGUAUAUAGUAGACACCAAUUAUGAAAAGGGAAAGCUCAUAAAACAAUGAAUCUGUUCUGCAGUUUAAGGGAAUGUAUGAUUGUUUAAUUGGUGUAUUCUGCUUUAAUUAGCCAGGCCUGCGGGCGUCUUCAAAUAAUGAGCAGGGAAUUAUCUGAAUAAUCUUCAUGAGCCAAAGAUACUUUUCCCUCAUUGUCACGUCUUCCAAGCACAAUACACAACCGGUAUUUAUUGGUAGUUAAUGUUUUUCUCAUGUGCCUUACUGGAUCUGGGUGGUCUUUUUGGAGGGAUCAUAACACUCAUCAUCAUGCCACUAUUUUGAAUAAAACAGUAUCUCUGUCUUGUUUCUCUGCCGGUUUGCACUGUAAAAUGGAUCAAAUUUGACCUGAAAUUAAAUAUGAUUUUCUUGUGUAAUCUUA